GAUGAGCGUGCUUUAGCCCUGAUGACAUAUUUAUACCCUUUCCUUUUCCCUAAUUUUUUCAGUUUUCUUUCUUUUCUUUUCUUCUCUUCUACACUCAUAUUCAAGAUCACAUACAGUACAUUAUCCACACCAGACGGAUGUCUGUGAGUGUAUGUGGGGGAACAGAACCAGCAGUAAGAGAUGAUACUGUGUGUGGUGUGGAUGAUGCCUCCGAUUUAGGAGAACGGGAUUGUGCAAACAGUCAAACUGUCAGAUCAGUGCAGCGGCAGAGAGUGGGACAGUGGGGGUUGUCUCGAGGAGGUGGGGUCUGUCCCAUGUGUCGACUGUCUGAUGGAGAGAAGAGGGGCACAGCACAGAGUAUGAAAGGACACAGAGUGCUGCGCAGAGAGAGAGACUGCAGGCAUGCAGCGACACGGAGAAGCAUGUAUGUUUAAAGAGGCUGCAGCAGAGUGGGCAAAUGCUGAGGUGUGUUAAGCAUGAGAUUCCCAGAGACCUGAGGUCAAAGAUCUGUCAAGCAUGUGAUUGGACAACACCCCUCAAAACCUACAGCAUGUGACUUUGCCGUGGAGUUUGUAGACCCUCACCAUGCUCUCUCUGUGGAAUCUUUAUCUUCUUCUCCCCCUCUCCUUGCCUCUAUCACUUCACGUCAUAGCCUUCACUGGAGAAAAUGUCAAGGAAACACAACAGCCAGUCACUGACACAGCAGUGCAGCAUCUCACACAGCCCCCACAGAGACCUCAUGGAUCUGGUUUAGCACUGGGGAAUCCCUUGUUUGGGACUGAGAAUGUUGACCUCAUGGGUCUACCUGUGAGUUGGUCCUUAUCAUCGUCUGAGGAAUUAGAUAGACAAGGUGUGAUUGGUGAAUACAUUGAUUUACAGGAGAGCACAGAGACAUCGCUUUUGAAUCCUAAUGAGAAGGGACUUAUCAUAUCCACACCCGUAGAUACAGAAGAUGCCAUCUCCAAGGAGAGUGCACAACCAAUAAGGUCUUCAGGAGGAGUACCAACUCAACGUACCCAGGAACAAACAUUAAAGUAUCAACCAUCUGAGACAAGUACUGGAUCUAUAUUGCAUUCUACACAUACUGCAGAGAACAAGCCACCAUUCUCAGCCUCUCAGAAUGAGACGACCAAUAGCCAGUUACCUUUUCUUCUGUCUGGCUCAUUUCCAUCAGGCCAGGACUCCACUUCACCUCUGUCUGCUGGACCUGGGCCCAGCCCUGAGCGCACCACUCCACCAGUAGCCAGUUGGGGAUGGACCACGUCCCCCUCUGUUAUCACGCAGGGAGAGACACAAGAGGGGACUGUCCCAAUGAAAGAGUCCGGAGAUGGAUUGUUUGAUAUUAUGGGUCGUAUUUUACACAGAGGAGCUGUCAGCAUAGCGGCAGAUAAAGAUGGCUCCACGGAUGAUGACCUGCAUCUCUCAAAGACCAGUGGCACACUCUUGCUCGAUUGUAACACAGACACAUCUGCCAUACCCUGCAAAACAUCAAACCAGUCUUGGACUCCCACCGACCCAGAUGAUGUUACUCCCAACGAGUCCCCGGGCCCCUCUCUGGAUCUCAGCCCUGCCUUUUUCGUCCCUCUGUAUUCGGACUGGAACUCUGCCCUCGCCACAUGGGGAUUUGCGUGGGAAGCACACGUCUAUGGCCUGGGCUCUGUCUUUACUGUAUUUGGCCUAAUCUCUGUGGUCUGCCUGUUAGGUCUGCCCCUGCGCUGUCCCCCAGGAAGCCCCUACUUCACCCUGCUGCACUUGUUCCUCCUAGCAUUUGCAGGAAUCCAAGCUUUCUGUUUGCUCUAUGAUGCUUACAAUCACCAAGAUCGUCUUCCCCCUCUGGGCUCUCUGCUGCUCUCUGAGCUGCCCUUCCCCUGUUUGAUCUCAGCCUUCUCCCUGGCCUUCCUCCUUCUUUCCUUACGCUCACGCAUGCAUCUUUCACUCCCACUUGCUAAUUCCACCUCGUUCUCAGCCUUGCCCAGACCUUGCCUGUUGCUGUGUAUGUCCCUGUUGUAUUCAGGGGUUUCUCUAGGGUGUGUUGGCAUGCUCCAGCUCUUCCACAGCCUCCCCUCCGUGAUCCUGCUAUUCCCUCAGGGUGUGUUUGUAUGUCUCACUGUCUUUCUCUCAUGCUCUUACCUCAUCUUCUACUGCUUAAUGCAAUUCAACACAAAACACAUCUACAGGCUGAAUGACAAUGGAGAGAGUGGAGGAUCUCCUGACGCAAUGCAACCUGCAAGUUGCCCCUUUGCCAAAGCUGAGGACUGGGGUAGGGCAGCAGGAGCUGGAGUGGGGGCUUCGUUGUGUUUGUUAGGGUGCGGAGGCCUCCAGUUGUAUGGGAUCCUGCAUGCCCUUGGUUUAGGUGGGGUUGAUGGCUAUGGGUUCCAGCCCUGGCCCUGGUGGGGCUUUCAAGUAGGCUGCAGGCUCUGUGAGGUUGGGGUGUGUCUAGGUUUGUCUCUCAUUGGUUCACACCCUCUAUUCUGUCACAACAACUCCUCUAUCAAGACCAUAACUCAUCCCCGGCCAGGAUCUUGGUCCCGCCUCUCCUGCAGCUCCCCUUCACGAGGACUCACCCUGCCCUCUCAGGGAGGGGUAGGUUCUCCUGUCCUCUCCUCUCACGAUUCUUGGUCUCAGGGUAAACAGGAAAAGCUGGUGGUCUGUGAUGUCAUCACUAAGGGACAGUCCGAGGCUCUUCCUCUUUUCUCAAUGGUGGAUCCUCCUGGAAAUGGGCAAGAUUGUGUCCCCAAGUCCAGCCAAACCCGGAGCACUUCACUACCUCUCCCUACACCCCCAAGCCCACCGCACAAGCCUAAGAGUGCAGUUGAGUCUCAGCUAUCGUCACUGGAUAGCCUAAGACAGGAGAUUGACUCUACUGUGGACCUGCAGCCCCCAUCUCCCAUAGACUUGUCCCGCAGCAUUGACCAGGCUCUUUUCAGUGAAUCCCUGUUCUCAGACAGUAUAUUUGGUUUGCCAAGACUCUUCCAUGCUUCUUCCAGCCUCUCUUUGAGCCCUCCUAGCCAAGGUUCAUCAAAGCAAGGGCCUAGCUCUGUGGAAAAUGCCCUAUACCGAACCUCUUCCUGUGGUGAUGUAGAUCAAGAGAAUGGACUGUCCAGUUUAAGACCUUCCCAGCCACAUGGCUCUUUGACAUCUCACAGCAAGCCACCAAUGUCACCAGAGCAAUGGGAUUGGAAAGAGAGCAUCUCUGGCUCAACCCAUGGUCUGUGCAGCAAUCCUAAGGAGAAAGGAAAACUGCGCUCACAUUCCUGGGCAAACAGAGGUCAAAACUUUGCUCAGAGCAGCCUCCCACGAGCAAUCCCCCACCUGUCUUACCACAGACGAUACCAAACCCUGAGCUUAGCCUCCCAGGACAGUCAUGGAUCUGGCCGGCUGGCAGGGACUAAACACCUGAGUGAAAGCAAACAGCUGGAAUGGGAUAUGGCUGUACAGGCAGAGUUUGUCAACGUGUGCAGACAAAUUGACACUCUGAGUGUUUGCAGUGACACCAUUGAAUUAUAGAAAGUUAUAAAAGUCCAGUUGUGAUUAAAAUAUGCACAUGUCUUUGUACAGAAAUAGCAUACUCUGAUUAGAUGAAGGAAUUAAAUUGUACAUCAUUAAAGUUAUACAGAUGAAAAUGAUUACCUGAACUGAUAAAAAGGGGAAUGGACAUUAUUGAUAAAAUGUGUAGACCCAAUUUAUUUUCUAUAAAUACUAUACUGUUGAUAUUAUAUAUAUUCAAAACUGUUUUCAGCAACGCCACUAAGCUAUUCUCUUUGCAGUAAUGUUUUUUUAAAUAAUGGCAGUAGUCUAAUUUUAUUGCUCAUUUCCUGCUCAUACACAUUUAUGAAUGUCAAGAAUCAAAUAUAUUGCAAAAGAGUGCAAAGCUUUCAAGACAUUAACUUAAGCAGGAGUUUGAAUAUUUGUAUAACUGACAUGUUGAGCUUUUUUUAUUUAAAGCUAUCUUACAGAGAGAAACUGAAUGGCAUACACAGGUAAAGGAGAGCCUUCUUUAAUAGUGAAUGGACAAACAAUAUGGGCUCAAACAGUUUCAUUGUACACCGUUGAUGUGUGUUCAAUAGUCAACGUGCUCAGAAGGAUUUAAUAUAUAAUGAGUUAAGCCUCUUCCACUUUGGGAUUGUACAGACACAAUUUCAUCACUGGUUAGCAGCCACAAUACAAUCAGCACCUUGUUGGGCAUUUAGAGUUGGCAAACAUGUACUUCAUCAUGGGAACAGACACUUGGCAUCUAGUGCUUACCUCAGAGGAUUAUUAUUAUUAUUAAUAUUUAAGUGGGGUGUAAUAUACUUGGAAAUUCAAUGAAAAUUCAUAUAUACAAAGGAUGAGUUUGUCUUUCAUGUUUUUGAAUUGCUUGUUUAGCCAUUUAAGUGGUAUCUUUGUUAUUUUAGUAGUACGUACAGUCCAAGUUGCAAUGUGAGCUUGUUUUUUUUGUUUUUUUACUACCAGUGGCAAACUGUGGCAUUGUGUGCCAAUGUUAGAACCUCUCACAGGCUCACAGAGGUUAAAUCUUGAAUAUAUUGCCCUCUAGUGGUAAUGAGAAAAACAACACUUUUUGCUUGAUUGAUUUCUGGAGAUUUAACGAAUCAAAUCAAAUGCCUUUGACAAAAUAUAUAUAUGUAAUACCACAGAUGUUGAGUACCUCCCAGACAAAUAACAAAUCACAUUUAAAACUGAUAAAUCAACUUGAAAGAAUGUUUUUGUCUACAAUUCUAUAAAGAAAUAAAUCUAACCCAGGCAAUUGGUUUGUUACUACUCUUCUCCACUGACUCCAGAGCCCUAUUUCAAUAACUCACCAUUUAAUUUUUUUAAAUUCUGGCCCUGAAAAAAGACAAAUAACUACUUAUAUUAUGCAUUAUGGACAGACAAUAACUAUGUAAUUAAUAUUGUGUUUUUGCUAAAUAAAUUUAUGGAAGAUAAAAACA